GUUGUCAACGAAAACAAUUUUUUUCUGAGCGGAUGGAUUCUCCUAUUCCAUUUAAAAAGCCCCGUCUUGAUUAUUGUGUUGGAAAUAAUUACUUGGAAAAUUCCAAAAAUUCAAAUCUUUUAUCUAGAAAGGAUAAUACAGGAAAUGAACUGUGGGGAGAUGAUGAUUUUACAGCUGAAGAAUUUGAUUUAUUACAGAGUCAAGUUUCUUCACAGAUGAUACCAAAUACUAAUGUGUUUGAAAAUAAGAACGAUGAGUUACAAAAGUUAAAGGAACAAAAUUAUGCUCUAGAAGGACAAAUUAAGAUGCUUCGUAAUUCUCUUGAACAAAACUUGAAAGAACUAGAUAAAGAAAGAUUAGAAAAGAUGAGUUUAAUUGAAAAUUAUUAUGAUCAACAAAAAGAACAACAAAAAUCAUUUAACAAAAUCAAAGAACAAUUGGAAACACAGUUGAAUUUUAAAGAUCACGAAUUAAGAACUACGGUAGAAAAAUUGACUAUCUUGCAACAAAAAGGAAAAAGUUCUGCAGAAAUAUCGCCAGUUAAAAUUGCCAAUAAUUUUUCUGUUGUAGAUACUUUAAAAAAUUCUGCUAAUAAGACAGAAAGUUUUGCAAAGCAUUCUAAGAAUUUUAAUGACAAAAAUCUUGAAGAACUUGAAGAAAAUAAAUGUUAUAAAUUAAAGUUGUGGUCCAAAUCAGGUCAUUCUGUGCUAGAAGAAAAGAUUAAGAUGAUUCAAGCUCCUUAA